AUGCCCGCGACUACUCAAGACUGGGACGAACGAUACUAUCAUGUCGACCAGAUCUUGGAGAAACCUGGGCCGCGUACAGACCCUGGCUUCCUUGCUGGAGACGAGGUGAAGGAAUUCUUGCGCGAGAAGUGCAAGAUCCUUGUUAUCGGCGCUGGCGGGCUUGGAUGCGAGAUCCUUGCCAAUCUUGCUUUGACGGGCUUCAAGGACAUCCAUGUAAUCGACAUGGACACAAUUGAUAUCAGUAAUCUCAACAGACAAUUCCUGUUUAGACCUAAAGAUGUUGGAAACCCAAAGGCAAUCGUUGCUGCCGAAUUCAUUAUGAAUCGAGUUCCUGGCGUAACUGUGACUCCAUACUAUGGUAAGAUACAGGACAAGGACGAUGACUAUUACAUGCAAUUCAACCUCGUGAUAUGCGGCCUUGAUUCCGUGGAGGCGCGUCGGUGGAUAAACGCCACUCUCGUCAACAUGGUUGAUCCCGAGAACCCGGAGAGUCUAAAGCCCUUGAUUGACGGAGGAACGGAAGGGUUCAAGGGACAAGCCCGUGUCAUCUUGCCGACGGUGUCAUCUUGCUACGAAUGCUCUCUCGAUAUGCUUAACAAACCGACUGCUUUCCCUAUUUGUACGAUUGCCAACACGCCACGACUACCUGAGCACUGUAUAGAGUGGGCUUCGGUGCUUGAAUGGCCACGGGUGCAUGGUGACAAGAAAAUGGACACCGACGACCCCGAACACAUCUCAUGGUUGUAUAACCAAGCCGCCGCUCGAGCCAAAGAUUUUAAGAUCGAAGGUGUGACUUGGUCACUAACUCAAGGCGUUGUUAAGAACAUCAUCCCCGCCAUUGCUUCUACGAAUGCUAUCAUCGCGGCGUCAUGUUGCAAUGAAGCCUUCAAGAUUGCAACCAGCUCGGCAGCAUACCUGAACAACUACUUCAUGUUGAUUGGCACUGAUGGUGUCUACUCGUACACUUUUGAACACGAGAAGCGGGACGACUGCCCUGUCUGUGGUGGCGAGGCUCUCGACAUGUCAAUAUCCUCUGAAACAACGGUCGAGCAGCUGAUAGAGCUCCUGAUAGAAAAGCAAGACAUACAAAUAAAGAAACCAUCGCUAUCAACACCAACAGCUCAGAUUUACUUCCAAGCACCUCCUCAGCUAGAGGCUGCCACUCGUCCGAACCUUACUAAGAAGGUAUCCGAACUGGUCCCUGCGGACGGGGAAAUAACAGUCACUUCCACGUCCUUACCGUUCAGCCUUUCGCUCCGUAUCUCGUAUACGUAG